GAUUGGGCUUUUGGAGCAUGGAAGGUAGUGCUACCGGUAGCGAGCAAGAAUCUGGAACCGCCUAAAAUGAACACCUCAUUCCUCCACUGGGCGCACAUCCGCCUGUACUGGGACUGCAACAUAUUUCUCCGCAGUGAUACAGCUUGUGAUCAGGUAGCACCAGGUGACAGUUCUACCUAACCGCCUAGAGCGCAGAUUUGACAAUAACGAGAUCGUAUUUCGCAAAUGACAUCUCCAACCUAUCGUUCAGUGCGAUUAGACGAAGAUGGAGUAACGCGUUACAUUAUCCGCUCCACUUGGCUGAUUGCUGAUGGGCGGCUCGUUGUCAUUCCAUUAGUCAGCCUUCAUCAGUAUAUGGACGUCAUGCGUCUACACAAACAACCGAAGCCAAGCGAUCCGAAGCUUCAGGCUGACUUUAUUCGCCGGACAAGUGAGUUCACCUUUCCCACCAUAUAUAGGAAGCUCAUUUCCAGAAGGCCGCGUCCAUGCUACGUGCAUCAAGCGCGCGGUUGUGGACGAGGGAUCCGAUGGAACCGCUUUUAUGGGUACAUCAACAAUACGGUUACCGUAAGAUUCGUGUCAUGCUAACAAUGAUUUCCGUUCGGAGACCACGUUGUAGAUUAAUAUAUGAUGAGGACGAUGACGAGCCGCACAGCAGGAUAAAGCGAUCUCGUGCAGCGGAAAAUACGGGCCACUGCGGAAAUACGACAUUCUGCACCGGCCACCAACCUCCACCGCCAAACAAUUUGCUGCCUCCAGGGGUAAUACGUUUGCU